AUGGUGCGCCUCGGCGGGCGGUGCUCCGGUGUAGAUCGGGCCCAGAUUCGGCGGCGGCGCGGCCCUUUGGCGGCUGGCGGCGGGGGUUGGCUGGCGGAGCCCUGCAGGCCCAGAUUUGGGUCAGGGCGGGUUGGGCUGGCCUCCGGCGGGUCUCCUCCGGCUGGGCUGGCGGGAUGCGGUCAUUGGGAUCGGCUGCAGCGCGGCAGCAGGAGCUUAAUGGGCCCGAUCUGGGCCCGGCUGGGCAGGGUGUCCGGCGUGCUCCCGCGCCUGCGUCCGGUCUGCUACGGCUUGUGCCAGUGGAGAACCAUUGCGAUUCUGGAUGGUAGAAGGUUCUGUGAUUGGGAAACAUACCGCUCAUUUUUUACUAGCUAUGAAAUUGAUGAAGAGUAUGUAAAGCUCUUUGAAGAAAUAUCAAAGAAAAUCAAGUGGCUUAAACGUUAUAUGGAAUAUGAACGAGCAUCUUCCAAGUGGAAGGAGAUGGAUGAUAGAGGAUUCUGCCAAGCAGCGAAGAUUGCGGCAGGCUUUCCACGCAUGAGCUAUAAGUUAACUUUAAUGGCCUAUGAGGAGAAUGUGUGGAAUCUGAUGUUUGAUUAUUGGCAACGUGAAGACAUUGAUCGUCUCUUUUUUGAGAUUUGGAAGUUUGCUACUAAGAAAAUGGGUGCCACUGAUAAGAAGAUCGAUUUUAGAGCUGGUUUGGUAGAUGUCUGUCGAAGGAAUAUAUUCCCUCGAUAUAGAAAGAGAAUGCAAUUCGCACUGGAUCAUAGUACUCUUUCUGAUUUGGAAUCAAAUUUUGAUACCUGCGUGGAAGACAUCCCUGAUGAUGCUACAGAGGAUGUAGCUUGGCGGUUGAUUACAUCGGCGGUUUGGAAUAAGCUUCAUAAACCCAAGAUGUGGCACCAAUAUAUUAUGAGGAAGAUGGAGAUUGCUAAACACAUUGGCUUGGGUCCACAAAAUUGACAUGUCUCGGAACCCAAGACACUGACAGAUGUAGACAACUGUUCCUUGUGAAAUCUUGUCCGUUGCUCGCUCACUUGCAAAUUAAUGAUGUAUCCGUUGUAUUGCAUAUAUUGAUGUUAGACUGGUGCUGUUGUUGCUGUGGUAAAUUAAUAUGCUAUCAUGGU